ACCAGCUGCUAAUCUUAAAGGUUGUGAUGUUCACAGGGUUUGGGAGCUGAGUUAUAGUACCCGGCACUGAAAAUGCGUCUUCUGGUCGGUACCAUAGACAUCGGUAUCAAUUUUCUUAGCGUAGGUGCCUGGUUUCAGUUUGAUGCUUUUGCAAUGAUGUUAAGAAAGAUGAGGUUGUUUCACGUGAAUGAAACUGCGAUUAGCCAAUGAAACAUGAGUGAAAAGGACGAAGUCUCCGGUAAACCUCAUCGGAAGAUAAUCGUUUGAAGAGGUUGCUGAGCGAAAUCUGUGCUGUCAAGUGAAUUCUAAUCCGAAUACGCGCAAGUCACCGUCCUUUGUUUUUUCUUGAUUGAGUGUUCUCCUUCUUGCGGGUCCUUUCUAUGAUGUUUACUCCUAGUCCAAGGCGAGAUAGUCCAGGGCAUGGAUCAGAAGGAAGUCCUAUGCUCAAGUCGCCUGUGUCAUCCGGAAAGACGAGCAAGAUCAUGGUUUGUGGAUACAAAGGCUGCGGAAAGACUUCGGUGCUGGAGCAGCUGAUUUAUAACCACGAUCCUCUAAAAGCGGACAUUCAGUCAACAAUUGAGGACAUCUACUGUGCCUUAGUUGAUAACGAUCGUGGAGGGAAAGAGAAGGUGCAGUUUUUCGACUCUUGUGGUGUGGAUAGCUCCGAAGCGGAGGUUUCAAAGUCUCACCUAGCUCACGCAGAUGGGGUAGUCCUAAUAUAUGCAAUCAACAGCAAGGAGUCCUUCUUGCUGUUGGAGCAGCUGAAGAAGGACAUUGACAAGCACAAAGACAAGAAGGAGAUAUCUUUCUUAGUGCUUGGAAACAAAGCAGAUCUGAGCGCAGAAAGGCAGGUUGAGACACAGUCAGCCAUAAACUGGGCUACCAAGGAAAGAGUGCGGUUUGCUGAAGUGUCGGCAUUUGAUAGGAAAUCUCUUAUUGAGCCUUUUACAUACCUGGUCUCAAAGGUCAACCCACCUCCAAGCAAGAGAGUACUGUCCUUCUCGCCCAAGAGCAACACUUCGUCUCCUCUGCCGACAGAGACUUCGCCACUCGCUUCAGCUUUGGGCGACUCGAGUUACUCACCUGGAGACUUUCCUGUCCGAGGCUCCAUCGACUCAUCGCCAAGGUCACACAGAUCAGCCGCUUUUGCAGGCAAAUCUACAUUUCCUCAGUUGGGCCGCAAAGGCAAAGCAGGCAGCAUCACCAUGGAACUUUGAGGCAGCACAACCCACGACAUUAAGCAUGGACUUGCAUAUUGCAUUUCAACUGCCUAAUAAAAAUCUCAUCUGAAGUGGAGCAAGGUUCAAGUUUCUGCAUGCUGCACUUGAAUGUGCUUCAAGAUUGUAGGCAAGUUGCCAAAUUGGGAAUAAAAAAAAUAAUUUAUUUUAACC